CAGCAGAGUACGUGAAGUCCCGCCUGCCCGAGGUCCUGAAGCAGCACCUCCAAGACUAUGAGAAGGACAAGGAGAACAGUGUCCUGUCCUACCAGACCAUCCUGGAGCAGCAGAUCUUAUCCAUUGACCGGGAAAUGCUGGAGAAGCUGACGGUGUCCUACGAUGAAGCAGGCACGACGUGUCUGAUCGCGCUGUUGUCCGACAAGGAGCUGACCGUGGCCAACGUGGGCGACUCCCGAGGGGUCCUGUGUGACAAGGAUGGCAAUGCCAUCCCCCUGUCCCACGACCACAAGCCCUACCAGCUGAAGGAGAGGAAGAGGAUUAAGAGAGCUGGCGGCUUCAUCAGCUUCAACGGCUCGUGGCGCGUGCAGGGGAUCCUGGCCAUGUCCCGCUCCCUGGGGGAUUACCCCCUGAAGAACCUGAACGUCGUGAUCCCCGAUCCCGACAUCCUCAGCUUUGACCUGGACAAACUGCAGCCAGAGUUCAUGAUCCUGGCCUCUGACGGGCUGUGGGACGCCUUCAGCAACGAGGAGGCCGUGAGGUUCAUCAAGGAGCGCCUGGACGAGCCGCACUUCGGCGCCAAGAGCAUCGUCCUGCAGUCCUUCUACAGGGGCUGCCCCGACAACAUCACAGUCAUGGUGGUGAAGUUCAGGAGUAGCAGCAGCAAAGCAGAGGAGCAGCAGUGAGCAGAGGCUCCCUCUGGACUCGGCACGCACGCAGCGGGAAGCUGGAGUGGAGGCCGCUCGGAUCGCCCGCAGGAGGAGCGGAUCCCUCCGGCCUCUGUCCUGUGCUUGACACCGGGAGCAAUACAACCAGCCCACGCUGAGCAGUGACAGCACUUCAGUUUGUCCACCUCGCCCCUGC